CGGGGCGCGGGUUGUUUGCAGACCGUCAAAGGCAAGUGAAGGUGGCGGCAGCGGCGGCGCGGGGUGCGGCGGGGCGCAGCCAUGACGGAGCUCCAUGAGGUGCAGAUCACGGAGGGGAAGCCCCUGCUGGUGUCCCCUGCCCAGUCCGAGCCAGGCAAGGAUGCUGAGCUAUUAGCUGCCAGACUCUCACAGGACCAUGGCCAGAAGCACUCGGUGGAGACACCUUAUGGACUGGUGACCUUCACCAUCCAUGGCACCCCCAAGCCGAAACGCCCGGCCAUCUUGACUUACCACGAUGUGGGCCUCAACCACAAGUCCUGCUUCGAGACGCUCUUCCACUAUGAGGACAUGCAGGAGAUCGUCAAGAAUUUUGUGGUGGUCCAUAUUGAUGCACCAGGCAUGGAGGAUGGUGCUCCAGUGUUCCCCAUCGGGUACCAGUACCCUUCACUGGACCAGCUGGCUGACAUGAUCCCCUGCAUCCUGCAGUACCUUAACUUCACCAGCAUCAUCGGCAUUGGAGUGGGAGCUGGUGCCUACGUCCUCGGCCGCUAUGGCCUUUCUCAUGCUGAUACUGUGGAGGGUUUGGUACUUAUCAACAUUGACCCCAAUGCCAAGGGCUGGAUGGACUGGGCAGCCCACAAGUUGACUGGCCUGACUUCAUCCAUACCUGAGAUGAUCCUAGCACAUCUCUUCAGCCAGGAGGAGAUCUCUAACAACACAGAGGUGAUACAGCAACGCAGAGAGGCGCUGAGCACAGCCCCCAACCUCAGCAACAUCCAGCUGUACUGGAACAGCUACAAUAGCCGCAGGGACUUGAACCUGGAGCGUGGAGGAGAUGUGACCUUCAAGUGCCCUGUGAUGCUUGUGGUGGGAGACCAAGCCCCCCAUGAAGAUGCUGUGGUUGAGUGUAAUUCCAAGCUGGACCCCACACAGACCUCUUUCCUCAAGAUGGCAGAUUCUGGAGGGCAGCCCCAGCUGACCCAGCCUGGGAAGCUCACCGAAGCUUUCAAGUACUUCGUCCAAGGCAUGGGAUACAUCCCCCACAUCCUCGACAGAAAACUCAGCCAGGGUGGCUUCCUCCUGCAUGACGCGCCUGUCACGGUCCCGCACCGCCUCGCUCACCAGCGCAGCCUCGGGCGACGGCAACCGCUCUCGCUCGCGCACCCUGUCCCAGAGCAGCGAGUCGGGGGGCCCGCAGACACCUGCCGUCCCCACCAUGGAGGUCUCCUGCUAAGCGGAGGAGAGGCAGGGGAUGGUGAUGCCUCCCGCCUCUGACCAGCCGGGCCUUCCCGCCACCCCGCUGGGGGCUCUGGCUGCCACAGCCUGCCACACUCACCCCAUAACGGUACUAAACCAAGGAAAGCCCCAGCAACUACCGGCAGCCAGGGAUGGCCGCCUUUAACACGCCUAAAAGCACAUGGGAUUAACCCCUCGGUUCCCCCCAGCCCCUCAGUCCCUUCCCCACUCUCCCAACCUCGGGGUGGGAGCGGGGGAAAGGAGGAGGAUCUCUGGGGAGCUCUCCCUGCACCCCCUGCUUCCUUGCCCCAAGCUCUGGGAGAUCUCUCUGUCCCUCCCCCUUUGUCCAUCUGUCCUGGGAAAACCACCAGCCCCUAUCUGCGUCCUUGUUCUUUUUGUCUUUCCCGGGGGUGCCUCCAUCCGUUUAUCUGUGCAGAGACCACCUUUUUGGGUAUCCUAAGACCUGCCCAGUGCGAUCUGUCCAAAGGUUACUCUGCCAUCCCCAGAGACUUGUCUGCUCCCCAAACCCACCCAUCCCUCUGUCCUGAGUGUUGUUUUUGGUGUAUCUUGAUGCCUGUGACUCUCCCCUCUCCCCUUUCCAGGAUCUAUUGCAAAUGUAAUGCCCCAACUUCCCCCAGAAUCUUCCCCAUUGAAAGGAUUUGUUUUCUUGACUUGUCUUGGCCUUGGUGUCUCUGAGGUGCAUCUCUUGAGUAAGGGAGAGGUGCCAGGGGGCAAGGGAGGGCGCUGUGCACUAACCCUGCGUAGUUGUUUAGUGGCGUGUGUUUGCAACGGGAUCUGGGAACCAGCGCUGAUCGGAGACUUGCCGAGGCAGCAACUUGUUCUGUUGGGUGGGGGGAGGCUGGGAGCGAGGGGAGGUGUUUCUCUUGGGAUGGCGCGCAGAGGUGAUGUUCUGGGAAGCGAUGCUGAAAUGGCUUCAGCCUGUAGCGAACUCUUGACAACCAUACAUCAACUGUAUUAAGUUCUAUGUGGGAUCCAACCACACCACUCUCUUGAGUGUACUUUGUUUUUAUCUCUUUUGGAUCUGACUGUAGUGGGCUUUGACUGUGAUAGUUUCAGACUGUAGUGGGCUCUGACUGUAUUGAGGGCUGGUUGCAUUGAAUCUUGUUUGUACCAGCCUCUGGUUAUAAUGGCUUUUGACUAGGAGAGGUUCCAGUUAUCCCAGGCCACUGCUGUACUAGCUUUUGACUGUGCUAGCCUUUAUAAGGGGCGCUGUACAAGACUCUUGACUGUAGCAGCUCUUGACUGUCUUAGCUCCAGCUGUAGCAGGUUUGUAAUGGGCACAGAAGAACAGGGCUCUGGAUGUUGAAAGCCUCUUGACAGCACUGAGAUCUGGCUGUGAGUAAAAUGAACAUUGCAAGGACAGGAUCUGAGUGUGACCAACUGGCUGUGUGUGUAGUGGAUUUUGACUGUUGGCUGCAUGGUGGGCUCUGUUGGAACAGGGUUUCACGUGUAGCAGAGCUUUGCCUGUACUUGCAAUGGAAGGGGCUCUGUGUCCAGCUGUGCUGAGCUCCACCUGGGCUGCGGAUGUAAAGGGGCUCUGGUUGUAGCAAAUCUGUGCCCAUGGUGUUCUGCCUACACCAGAGUGAUGGCACAUCCCAGCGAUAACAAUAAAGUCUGUAGAGAAAUCUU